GCAAGCAGGAGUCAUCGACAUCUGGCUCUUUCAAAGCAAGCAGGAGUCAUCGACAUCUGGCUCCUUCAAAUAAUACCGCCCCAAGACCUCGCCGUGGUCGGGAGUUUUCCAUGUCUGCAGUGUGUGGCCGGAACGAAGCCGCGAGGGUGGAGUUGAAUGUUGCAGUUCCAUCCUGGCCUGGUGACGACAAGCUAUUCUGUAGUGUAGGUGUCUCGCUCCGACAUUACCAGCAGUCAUCAUCGUUGCACGACACAUCAGCCUUAUUGGAAAACAGGUGCUCAGGAGCCUAGCGGACUUGUCACCUACACUUGCAGGAUGCGCCUUGGCUUUGGCACACAGUCUCCACGAAGACGGGCCUGUACCGCUGGUGUUGUCGUAUUGGCUGCGCUGUUCGGUCUCCUGCCAUUCUUCUGGAAGGGAUCGCUGUCAAGUCACUUCAUGGGUCGGUUGAGGCACACGAGCGGCACGCUAGUGUACGUGCUGGACAAUGCAGUUGACAAGAUGAGGAGACCACUGCAGACAGGCGACCCCGAAUUCACAGAGGAGAGAAUCCAGGAGAUGCUGAGACAUCCCAAUAUAAGUUUUGAAGCGUGCGACAAAUGGGACCCCGACAGGCUGCGCCGGGCGUAUGUCAACAUUGUUCCCGGCUUUCACGACGACAGCAAAGACGCCCAGAUAGCUGAUGAACAGAAGCGGAGACAAGCAAGUCUGACUGAGGCAUGCGAGAGCCCAAAUAUCGCCGACUCCAACAUGAUGCUGUCGGAGGCGCAAAGAAGUACUAUCUUCCAGCACUUGCUGGUGAACGACAACCACAAAAUGAUUUACUGUUCCAUUCCGAAGAUCGGCUGUACCAAUUGGAAGAAGGUGCUGAAAGUGCUGUCUGAACGCGAUGCCUGGCCAGGCUGCCACAAACUUGAGCAUAGGAUUGACGGUGUUCAACUUUCCACGUACAGCAAAGAGGAGAGAAUCCACCGUCUUAAAACCUAUUACAAGUUCAUGUUCGUACGCGACCCACUUGACCGCCUGGUCUCAGCUUACUUGGACAAGUUUCAUCCGAGUGGCCGGGGUUAUGAGAAGGGCUUUCCCAAGCAUUAUGUCCCUCGCAUCGUAAAGAAGUACCGUAAGUCACCACUGUCGGCGGAGCAAAGAAAGAAGGCACGUGGCGAUGACGUGAAGUUUACCGAGUUUGCCAAUUACGUGGCGGACACAAAGCGACAUAUGUACAAUGAGCACUGGGCACCGUACGAGGACCUGUGCCAGCCGUGCCUAGUCGACUAUGACUUUAUCGGCCACUACGAGCAGCUGACCGAGGAGUCUAAUUAUGUCCUGCGGCAGGCGAAAGCCGGCGGCAGAGUCGCGUAUCCGGGCCGGCAACAGUACUACCACACCUCGCCGCGCAGUCGCGUGCUCUCCUAUUUCCACCAGCUGGAUGCAACCAUACAGAAAAGAAUCCUGGAUGUUUAUAAUACCAGCUACAACAUGUUUGCCUUUGAGAGGCCAGAAGUAUCCAGUCCAGAAAAUACUCCCCAUACGCUAGUGGGCCCACUCUUUUAGACCGUACCCCCACAUAGCCAUAUUUUAUGUUCAAAAAAAAAAAGGAAAGUUCACACGUCCGCGUUACCACCGGCUAUACAGUUGUUGUAUUGAGAAACACAACCAGCUUAGGAAGUUUCGCUUGUGCCAGGCCACCACCGUGUCUGUGAUACCAGGGUGGCAGAUGCAGCUCCUAACGGCGAGGGUGAGGUGGUAAGUCAAUGCCCGACAAAGGGGGCUAACCUCGUUAGCUGCAUCCAAACUACCCUCACUCUGAGCGGUGAGUACCCAGUUGACCGUGGGUGUCGGCGCAGUUCACGCAUGCAUCACCGCAUUUGCUAGCACAGUGCACGCAACCCUGCUCCCAGCGCGGGUCUCGAACUCGGGACCUUGUGAUUCGCAGGCAAGCCCACAACCACUCAGCCAAAG